CAUUUUGUGUGGCUCAAAAGAGUUGAAACAAGUUGUAAGAAAUAGCCCUUAUUUUCAUUGGUUCAGAGGCUUUUAUGCAUUUUCUUUAGAUGGGUACUGUGAUGCACGUUCACUAUGCAGGCUCAUCAUGUAAACCCCGACUGAGUCUGAGAUUUCCCAGUUUUAGAGUCAUAUGUUCAUCAGAGCUUAGCGUGUCGAGGCGACAAGUUUUGAAGCAAGUGGAUGAGGAGUUGGGCAAGGGAGAUGAGAGAGCAGCCCUCUCACUUGUUAAAGAUUUGCAGGGCAAGCCCGGUGGCCUCAGAUGCUUUGGUGCUGCUAGGCAGGUACCCCAAAGGCUUUACACCUUGGAUGAGCUGAAGCUGAAUAAAAUAGAAGCGUCGUCUCUUUUAUCCCCGGUGGAUACUACUCUCGGUUCCAUAGAAAGAAACCUGCAGAUCGCUGCUGUGGUAGGAGGUGUUUCAGCAUGGAAUGUGUUCGGGUUUAGUCCGCAACAGAUUUUCUAUCUUUCUUUAGGGUUGUUGUUUCUGUGGACUCUGGACGCGAUAUCUUUCAAUGGAGGACUUGGUAGCUUGGCUAUUGAUACAAUUGGUCACACCUUUAGUCAGAAAUACCGAAACAGGGUCACUCAACACGAAGCAGGCCAUUUUCUAAUUGCGUACUUGGUUGGCAUCCUUCCAAAGGGAUAUACACUAUCCAGUUUGGAGGCUUUGAAGAAGGAAGGAUCUCUCAAUGUUCAAGCAGGGACCGCUUUUGUGGAUUUUGAGUUCGUCGAAGAGGUUAAUGCAGGGAAAGUAUCAGCCACUACGCUGAACAAAUUUGCGUGCGUAGCGCUAGCUGGUGUUGCUUCCGAGUAUCUCUUAUAUGGAUACGCCGAGGGCGGGCUUGCUGAUAUCAACCAGUUGGAUUCGUUGUUCCGAAGCUUAGGCUUCACGCAGAAGAAAACCGAUUCCCAAGUGAGAUGGUCUGUGCUGAACACCGUCCUAAUUCUGCGCCGCCAUGAAGGAGCACGAGCGAAACUUGCAGAGGCGAUGGCAGAAGGAAAAUCUGUAGGGGCUUGCAUUGAUGUCAUAGAGGAUACCAUAGGCAAUGCGGACAUCUAGCUGAUGCAGCCGGGUUGCUGUUGAUGCUCGGAAAAACUCAAGCUUUGAUCUUUGCACUUCUUUUUCUUUCUUUCAUUUAUUUUGGAUGUGAAAAAAACACUAGGGAAAAGAGAGGCAGUAAGAUCAUGUGCAAUGGUGUGAGAUAAAGCUUAAAAAUUUAAGUCAGAAACUUUUACGACAUAAUUCAAAAAUAACUUUUCUCCUUUAA